UCCCCACGAGCUGUCCCACUGACAGCUCACCAUCAGAGCACUGAUGAUCUGUGUAGCCCCAGCAGCGCCACCUGUCAGUGUCCAUCAGUGCCAGCUCUCAAUGCUCAUCUAUGCCACCUGCCAGUGCCCAUCAGUGCCACAUUUCAGUGCCCAUCAACGCCACAUAUCAGUGCUCAUCUGAGCUGCCUUUCAGUGUCACCCAUCAGUGCCAGUCAGUGCCACCUAUCAAUGCCAGUGAGUGCCACCCAUCAGUGCCAGUCAGUGCCGCCUAUCAGUGUGCAUCAGUGCCACCUAUCAGUACCCGUCAGUGCUGCCUAUCAGUCCCGCCUAACAGUG